AUGUCUGGCAUAAGCCCCGAUAUUGCAAUCCCAUACCAAGGCGGACCUAGAAUGAUAGCAUUAGGAUAUCCUCAGUCUUUGUUCAAUGACAGUUCUCGAAUGCCAAAUGAAGUGCAUGGCAGCAACUUGCCCUUACCAAAGGAACAGUAUGCUUCAAGUGAUCUCUUAUCUUUGUCUUGGCUCCAGAAGGGAGACAUAAUAAAGAUAACUCCCCUUGAUAAUGAGGAGGAGUUCAUACGUGAUGAGAGAUACUCCACCGUUAAAAUGGUGGAAAACGGCCAGGCGUACAAGAUUCAUGAGCCAAGUAACCCAUUUUCGAACCCAAUAGCCAGGACAUUUUCGCUCUCAACGAAUUCUGCUGCAAUGCGCUCUUCGUAUGCUAGUUCACAUUAUUCGAAUGCAUAUGGUGAGAAUCUAGCAAAGCCGUUGUACAGCUAUACGCACCUUAUUUUCAUGGCCAUUGAAUCAACCCCAACCAAGUGCAUGACUGUUAAUCAAAUAUACAACUGGUGUGAAACCAACUUUCCAUUUUUCAAACAUUCUGCAACUGGCUGGAAAAAUUCGUUACGUCACAACCUUUCGAUAAACAAAUCCUUUAAGCGAUUGCCUCGCGAUGGUCGUGGCCCGGGUCGUGGGGCUUUUUGGGCAAUUGAGCCGCGUGAACGUCCCAACUUACUGGAUGCAGUCAAGCGAAACCCCUUCACUUUGGGUAUACCUCGAGAAAGAUCUGUUGUCAGACCCAUCACCAUUAGCCCGAUUCAGCCCUUUACGGCGAUCAACUCUGAUGUCUCAAAGGUGAAUUUCACCGAGUUCACAAGUGAAUGUGCGAUCAAGUCAAAUGGGGCUAGUAACCUAAUUAUUUCCAAUCGCGUUCUCGAUGGCAACGGCUCAUUUGGUUUAGUCGAUUCAGGUGAUAAUUCAAUGAAUAAAAAUACAGUGACAACAUACCAAACCACGCCUUCAGAGAAUCUGUGCUCCAAUUUAUCAGCACAAAUGACUCACAGCUACUUGCCCCUUGCCAUCUCAAAAGCCGAAAGUCCUGUUUCUCAGGGAACGGUUCAAUCUAGUGCUUAUGCAUUCGAACCCUGGCCCGCUGAAGAGGAAGAAAAGUAUCAGGAGAUGAUGCGCCUCCUCUUGGAUGGGUGUAAUGCUGAAGCAUCGUGCGACUCGGUUGUCGGUAACGGAACCGCUACACCUAAUGGCAUCGGCACCGAUACUCCGACAAAACCGAAGAAGGAAACAAAGCAGCGAAGAAAAUCUUCAUUGAAUCCCACAAACGAGAACAUGUGUAAUCAGUGUAAAGAGAAUGCGGCGUCUACUUGCCGUUCAUGCAGUUUGCGAAUGUGGAAUCUGCACCACACCGCAUCGACAAUGACAGCAAUCUCUACUCCUAUUGACGCUGCACGUGUGCUGUCCCACGUAAAUAAGCCUGGUACCUACGGAGGCAACUCGGCUCUGGAUCAGCUGUUGGAUGCACUAGACGAGGACCAAGAGGCGCCGCCUCUCCACUGGCAUAAACAAGUUCAGCCUGCCGGCGAAGUCUACAUUACUCCGGCCCCUUAUCUCGACCACGAGUAUUGCCACUGUCAAAAGCACAUUCGUCCCAUCGCAGAAACUUGCAUUAUUGACGCUGUCAAUUCCCGUCUGAGACAGGAGAAGCUGCAUCUAUUGCGCGGACUUGUCGACCCUCGGGCUGGUCUCUCUUUCGAUGCGGACUCUAUGUCCGUGGAUACAGUUGAGGAAGACUUUGAACGUCCUACCGAAAGCUCCGGGGGAGCAGAGGAAGGUGACUAUGACGAUAACUCCCCUCCCUUAUACGUAAGGCAGACUAAGCGACAUGCCAGGCAGAUCAAAGGUAUUUCAGGUUCGCGAAAACGCCGUGCAAAGGGCCGUGAGAACUACACUCCUAUGCCAAAGAUCGCUAAGCGGUCUUCAGUUUCUAAUCGGGCCCUAAAACGAUCCUAUGACGAAAUUGCUAUUGAGGAUUACGCUGCAUUGUGCUACACGGAUGACAGUGACAUUUACAUGGACAAUGGUUAUUAUGACCCGCCUCCAUACACGGGACAUUAUCAAAGACGAGCUCAUUUUAGUUCGGAGAACAAUGAAGAGCUCUGUGGAUUAAAUGAACUAGAAGUGCACGAAAGGCGUUUCAAGCGUCGGUUCCCCUACAAUCCCCGUGUUGUUUACACGAGCUCAUCGAGAAUGGGUGAAGGCGGAUUGCAGAUUCCGUUUUCCACUUCUUUCUCAACUACGCGCAAGCGAAGGUUAGGUGAACCCGCUAAAUCUCGAGAUGAGCAGCGUUUGAAAAAGACGAUUGGUGCUGAUGAGACGCCCGAGGUCGCUGAUCUACUUGCCAAUGAUGCCGAAGGAGCGAACACUCAAUCACCUAGGCAGGAAAAACCUUAUGGGUAUCGGCUGAAUAAAGAAUUCCAAGGCGCAGUCCGAUCUCGUGAGUACGCACUCAAACCAAUUCUCCAAAGGCUCACUGGUCGCUUCCUCAGUUUCACUUUAGGCUUCGCCCACGCAGCUUGA